AUGUCGCGGCCGUCGCGCGCGCUGCCGGCCCAGCUGCCCCCGGCGGCAGCGGCGCGGGCGCUGCGUAGCGCGGCGCGAUUCGUGCGGCGCGCGCUGCCGCUGUGCCGCGCGCACACUGUGGAGUUCUUCACGUGCGGGCUCUGGCAGCGCCUCGUGGCGCCGAGCCCCGACGCCGUGCUCGAGGCGCUGCGCGUGGCCGGGCCUCUGGCGCGCCCCCGGGCGGCGGGCUCGGGCGCCGCGGCGGCUCCGUGUGAUGAUGACAUCUUUUCCAGUGUGUUUUGUGAAAACUCUGAGAAACUUAUUGAUGUACAUUUGUUUGCCCUGGCUGCUAAGUAUUAUUCUUUGUCCAACCUUGGAGUGUGUACCCCACUGGAAGAUGUGCUUGAAGCACUGAAAGGAGACAGUGAAGGAGCCACAGGUAUCAAACCAGAUGAGUUUAUGAAUAAUAAGAAAUCACAUGAAGUGAAGGUGAUGUCAGAGCUGGUAGACGGCAUAGCAAAUUAUUGUGGGAUAAAGCAGGUGAUUGAUAUAGGUUCUGGGAAGGGCUACCUGAGUUCCUUUUUGUCCAUGCAAUAUAACUUAGAAGUUUAUGGCAUUGACUCCUCAAGCUCCAACACAAAUGGUGCUCAUGAAAGAAAUAGAAAAUUGAAGAAACACUGGAGAGCAUAUCAGAGUCGAGGAAAAGAAAGCUUCAAAAGCCAGAGUUUGGAAAUGGCAAAUGACAGGCCAGUGGAAAAUGAAAUUAAUUGUAAAACAAUCAAUGAAGAGCUCUUAAAUAAUGCCAACAGUCUUCAAAAUGAGGGCCAAGUGAUUAUCCAAGAUUUAGUUUCUUCUUGUGGCUUCACAGAAAUGGCUACACUUGAAACCAACACAGAAACUGAAUCUGAUUUAGUGACUGGGACACAAUCUCAUGAGACCAAACUUUCUGAGGAUGUUCUUUCUAUUCUAAAUGUUCUUCCUGUUGAUGCUGUAGAAGAUUUUUCGUCGUCUCAUUGUAACUGUGGGGAGCUCUGUGAAGAGGAAAAAGUACAAAGAAAAAUGACAUCUCUCAAGACUAAAGCAAGAAAGUCAAGUGAAUCGAACCUGUAUUUUCCAUUGACCUCUUGCAUCACUGCAGAAACAGAACUCAAUGACAUCAUAACAGAUCUGGAGGACUGUAUGAUGGUGGGUCUACAUACAUGUGGAGAUCUUGCUGCAAAUACACUACGAAUUUUUACUGCCAAGCCUGAAAUCAAAGCCGUUUGCAGUGUGGGCUGCUGCUACCAUCUGUUGUCAGAACAGUUUGAAAACCAAGAAGAAUGCCAUGACCAAGUCUGGGGAUUUCCCAUGUGCCAGUACUUGAAGGACAAAGGGUGGUGCUGUGGUCGCAAUGUUAGGAUGUCAGCAUGCUUGGCUUUGGAGAGAGUUGCAGUUGGCCAAAUGCUGCCUACAGAAUCGUUGUUUUAUCGAGCUGUUCUUCAGGUUAUUGUAGAAGAAAUUUAUGGCGUCACCAAAAGUGAUCGACAUGUUGGAAAAACCUUCUCCAAAUCAUCCUCCUUCAUAGAUUAUGUCAGACAGUCUCUGAAAAAGCUGGAACUGGAUGAUUCAAAGCUCCCAGACAGCUGUAUAAUGGAUUACUAUGAAAAGUACAAGCACAGAAUGAAUGAGCUUGAAGCAUUUAAUAUGUUGAAGGUUGUUCUGUCUCCUUGCAUAGAAGUUUUGAUACUUCUGGAUCGUCUUUGCUACCUCAAGGAGCAGGAAAACAUUGCCUGGUCUGGACUUGUGAAGUUAUUUGAUCCUGUGAAGUCCCCGAGAUGCUAUGCAGUUAUUGCACUGAAGAACCAGUCAUGUUCUUAAGUGGAAGCAAAUUGCAAAGAGGUUGGAAAUUCUGAACUGAUAAUGCUGUUUCCUCCCUUUUAUUCUGAUAUUUUUAAUUGAUUCCUCAAGUACAAUGUUUGCUUUUCAGAUGCAAAAGAAAAAAGUUCAAAGCCUCUUUGAAUCUUCAGAAAUAAAUAUAUCCUUUAUAAAUA